AUGGCGAUGGGGCUGGGGACGACAGGAGGAUCAAUUUGUUGUUACAGCCAGUACCAACGAAUGCUGAGUACUUUAUCACAGUGUGAAUUUUCAAUGGGAAAAACUCUUCUGGUGUAUGAUAUGAACCUGAGAGAAAUGGAAAAUUAUGAAAAAAUCUAUAAGGAUAUAGAAAAUAGCAUAGCUGCAGCACAUGAGAAGAUUUCUGAAUGCAAAAAACAAAUCCUGCAAGCAAAAAGGAUUCGAAAAAAUCGCCAGGAAUAUGAUGCAUUGGCCAAAGUCAUACAACACCAUCCAGACAGACAUGAAACACUGAAGCAACUAGAAGCUUUGGGGAAAGAACUGCAACAUCUCUCUCACAUUAAAGAAAACGUUGAAGAUAAGUUAGAGCUGAGAAGAAAACAGUUUCAUGUUCUGCUGAGCACCAUCCAUGAACUUCAGCAAACUCUGGAAAAUGAUGAAAAACUUUCAGAAGCUGAAGAAUCUCAAGAAACUCAGAUGGAAACUGAGACCAAACAGUAG